UGGAACUGUGACCUGACCGAGCAGUGUGCCUACAGGUUGUCUGGCUGCCUGGACUUUAACCUGGAAUUUGUUGAUUGUAUUUGUCUGUCAGAGAAGACAGGAGUCUGACCGACAGCUAAGGCAAUAAGGAAUACCUGGAACACUGGAGAUACUGGGCUGUUUCCAGUUUGAGUCAAACACUUCACUUUUUGUUAGUCCUUGUGUUUUGAGCUUCACGAGACAGGCUUCUCAAUUUUUUUGAUGAGUCAUCGUUAACUGGCCCAUGAUCUUUUACCAGAAAUGCCCUGAAGGGACUCCUCCCCUUUUAACUGUAAGGAAAACCAGUUUGUGACUGUUUUACCAUGAAGAUAGAGGCACAGGAAAGGAUAAUAGGAUUUCAAACCCAGCACUUUCUCUGAGACGGAACAGAUACAGUAAGAAGACCUCGGGACACUGCAUGGAAAGCUGAAAUGCUGCUGUUUCGGUGCAGUGCUGACUGGUUUGACUGAGGUGGGAUUCAAAGUGAAAGUAACUACGACUGGCUGAGUUUGUGACCUAACUGCCUCUCUGCUGGGUUUUACUCUCAUGACAGAACAUGGCUCUGCGAUCAGCCGUUGACUUUUCUUGUCCCGUCUGUUUUGAGAUUUUCAAAAACCCUGUUGUGCUGUCAUGCAGCCACAGCUUCUGUAAAGACUGUUUACAGACCUGGUUGGCGGACAAAGUGGUGCGCCAGUGUCCAGUUUGCAAAAGAAGAUCUUCAAAGAGUGAUCCGCCAUUUAACUUUGCGUUGAGGAACCUGUGUGAAGUCUUGUUACAGGAACUUUCUCUGGAAGAGAGCGCCUCUGCCAGUCCUGAGGCUCAGUGCCACCUGCACUCUGAGAAACUAAAGCUCUUCUGUCUAGACCAUCAGCAGCCUGUGUGUGUCGUCUGUCGUGACUCAAGAGCACACACCAAUCACAGGUUCCGACCAAUCGAUGAGGCUGCACAGGACAUCAGGGAACAGCUCAGGACAUCCUUAAAGCCCUUACAGGACAAACUACAGCGCUUGAGGCAAGUUAAGGUUAACUGGGAUUUAACAGCGGAGGAAAUUAAGGCCCAGGCCCGACAAACAGAGAAGACGAUUAAAGAUGAGUUUACAAAGCUUCAGAAUUUUUUACAAAAAGAAGAAGAAGCAAGGAUGACCGCACUGAGGAAGGAAGAGGAGCAGAAGAGGGGAGUGAUGAAGCAGAGGAUUGAGGCUCUGAGCAGAGAGAUAGCAGCUCUUUCAGAAACUAUCAGAACCACAGAGGAGGAACUGAAAACUGCAGACGUCUCGUUCCUGCAGGGCUACAAUGCUGCAGUGGAAAGAGUCAAGCAGCGCCAACUGCUGGAGGAUCCAAAGCUGGCCUCUGGAGUUUUGAUAGACGUGUCCAAAAAUUUGGGCAACCUCACCUUCAAAGUAUGGAUCAAGAUGAAGGACAUGGUCUCCUACACUCCCGUGAUUCUGGACCCAAACACAGCACAGCUAAACCUUUUACUUAGUGACGAUCUGAGAAGUGUACGAUGUGUAGAGAGGGAGAGCCAGCUUCCGAAAAACCCAGAAAGAUUUGAUAGUUACACCACAGUCCUGGGAUCUGAGAGCUUUAACUCGGGGACUCACUCCUGGACUGUUGAAGUUCAAAAUGAUGCAAACUGGGCAGUGGGUGUGAUAGAAGAGUCUGUUCAGAGGCACGGAGAUAUUCCGACUGGCUACUGGGAAAUAUGGUUCCAAAAUGGAAAACUCCAAGCAUACUCUCCGCCAUACAUGGACCGUACUCUCUCAGUGAAGAACCCAAUUCAGAGGAUCAGGGUGCAGCUUGACUGGGACAAAGGAAAACUGUCGUUCUUUGACCUGGAUACCAACACAAACAUUUAUACCUUCUCACAGAGAUUCACCAGGACGCUGGUUCCUUUCAUAAACACCACUACCAGAUUGCCUCUGAGGGUAUUACCAAUGACAGUCAAUGUACGGCUCGAGAUGUAGACAGUUAUGGAGAUGAUGACGAUCUCUUCAAUAAGACACAUUUUAUAACUUAAUAACUGAACCCUGGGUGGAUGCUGGACUGCUCCGGGUUCCGGGCUCUUCACUGGGCUGCACCCUGUAUGCUUGUUUUUAUCAGCUGGAGGGGAAUGGUGUCGCCGGUUUAUCUAAUUUGUACGAGAUGUGUAUGAGGUCUGUGUUCCUUGCUUUGUUUUAUCUCCUCACGUUGUAAAAAAUAGUUUAUACUCAGGCCUAUAUUGCACUGACUCUGCUUGUAUGUAAUAACUCACUCCCAAAACUAAUCAGGGUUUAAUUCUGAUAAAAAAAAAAAAGAUAAUGUUAGGAUUAUGAAUAUGAUGUUUGUCGUGUAUUUUGGACAAUUAGAUUGGACAAGGUUCCAACAGAUGGAAACAAUUAUGAUAAUCUUGAUUUCAUUUUUAUGCCUCGUUAUAGCAAUUAAUAUGAACUGUCUGUUACUGCUGGAAUUUAAGUCAUGAAAUUACUUAAAAUGUCGGUUAAAGAUAUGUCAUUUGUCAUGCUUUCAUGUGCAUAAUAUAAUUUGUGAGUUUAUGCUGUACAGUGGUAGACAUACAACAGAUGUCUCACCAUGCUCCUGCAUACACGCAGUUUCUGGAAGCCAUGAUGUAUUGUAUGGGAGCUUUUAUGUUUUCAUUCAGUGACGACAUGGAGGAAGUUUGUGGUUGUGAAAAGAUCAAGUUGGCUCAUAUUCAUUUUCCCUCUGUUUUCACUGGAAUGUAAAGAAUGUGAUUGUGCAGCUGCAGAAUUCUCUCCAUCAGGCACGGCAAAGAGGUUUUCAAUUCGCACCCUUUCAACAUGUAUUUCCAUGUGUGUCACUGUUUCUACAUGACGAUAUCGAAACUGAAUUAUUUGAUACUGAGUUAUUUGUUUGUAUGUAAUAAUUCUCAGACUGUGGACCUGCUGGACAGUCCAUGUUUUUAUUAAACUCUGAGACAACAGAUGUUUUAGAAUGGUAGCUGUAUUUGACAAAAGAGAAUUGUGAAAAGAUCAUGUGUCUCAUUUAGAAGCGGAUGUGUCAACAGAUCCUGUUUUGAUUGUAUUUGAUAAGGCACACACAUUAAUAAGGUUUUCCUGAAGUUACAUUUUUGUUUCUGCUUCUGAAAUGUUCUGGUUUUCAAAUUGAUUUUGGACCUCCCCUCCCCCCAUCGUAGUUCACUUCCUCUUUUUGGCUUCAUUUGUCGAACACUGGCCUGGAGGCCGAUAUGUCAGCACCCAGACAAAUCAAACCAAAACUAACACCAGACUUUAUAAAUUGUAUAUGAUGCAUGUGUCCUAAUAUAACUAUAAACUAAGCUGAAGAAUCUACUUUCCCAGUUAUUUUGCAGUUAACUGAUUAACUCACUGUUCCUGCUGACAGGUUGUUCAAUCAUUUAAUCAUAAAACGGUAAAUCCUUCCAUUAGCUUUUA